GCACACCCUCAUCCCAAGAUUAUUAUCAAUGGCCUCUGUAAUUCACUGUACCCUCUCUCUUUCAAGCCGGAGUCCCACAUCAUCAUCUCCAGUUUUAGCUUCAGGCCCUGUUAUCCCACCCCAUCUUACAUUAUUUUCCUCCGACGAUUUAAAGCUGAAAAGCCACCCUAUCAGAAGAAGCUUCGUACGCAGUCAUGGUGUUGAUGAAGUCACAUUCAUAGAUCCCCUCGGAAAUAGAGAAUCAAUAGCUGACCAUAUUGGGUCUUUGAAGCUCAAGCUCUUGAGUACAGUUUCAGGGCUAAAUAGAGGUCUAGCUGCUAGUGAUGACGAUCUAAGGAAAGCAGACGAUGUUGCCAAAGCACUGGAAGCUGCUGGAGGGCCUGUAGAUCUCCAAGGGGAUGCUGAUCUACUGCAAGGAAGAUGGAAAUUGAUUUAUAGCAGUGCUUUCUCAUCUCGUACUCUGGGUGGAAGCCGCCCUGGUCCCCCAAUAGGAAGACUUGUUCCCAUAACUCUUGGUCAGGUUUUUCAAAGGAUUGAUGUCUUUAGUAGGGAUUUUGAAAACAUAGUCGAUCUUGAGUUGGGUGCCCCGUGGCCAUUCCCACCCCUUCAAGUGACCGCAACUUUGGCUCACAAAUUUGAACUUAUAGGAACAUCUAAGAUUAAGAUUGCAUUUGAGAAGACUAGUGUGAAGACAAGAGGAAGCCUAUCAGAACUACCAGCAUUGGAGGUGCCCAAACUACUGGACGUGAUCAGGCCAGCGUCCAAUAGAGGCAGCGGCGAGUUUAAUGUUGUAUAUGUUGAUUCGGAUAUGCGUGUGACAAGGGGUGACAGGGGUGAGCUCCGGGUGUUUGUUAUCUCAUAGAACAUUAGAAUCUGGCAACAGUAAAGUACAUAUAUUGUACUCCGUAUAAUGCAAGCCUAGAGAGUAUUGACUAUUUCUUUUCUCCAAUUUGAUUACUCCGGUGUAAAUUUUUUUGAAGGCUUGUCCGAACUUGGAAUCGUUUUAAGGCAAUGGCUAAAAUCAUGACAAGGAUUUUACCUAGUCCUCUUCUUGAUAUGCAGCAUUCCUGUGAAGAUGGAGUAGACUCUGGUCUCUAAGUGGCGCUAUGGAUUGUCAGCGUCUCUUCCAUCCGAUAGGCUUUAGCCCACCAACUAUGGAUAUACAAAGAAUGAUCUCAAUAUAACUUUAUUAGGUUA